CAAUAGCGGCGCGCAUACAAUUGAUCGUGUGCUGGGGGCAAACGGGGCUAAGAGAGAGAGAGACUUUAUGCCACUCGGCUCUGGUUCAGCCGCAGUUGAUUAAAAAUAAAACAAAACCACCCCCAGCGAUACUGCCCCAUCCCCACUAGCCCACCGUACCGUUCGUUCCGUCCAGCAAAAGUUAAUCAAACGUUCCCUUACCUUCCCUAAUGUUUGCUCUCUAAACAUCUCUCAACCGCACGCACACACAGGCGCGUAACGCAAACCAAUUUGCGCGGUCUCGGUAGCCGCGCGAGAUAGAAUCGCGAGUUUUCGCAUCGUUCGGACCAUCGCUUAGAAGCUUGCAGCGCGAGCUUGAGUCAGUAUUACUUGUGGAUUUCGUGCAGCAAGCAAGCCUCGCAAAGUUCGUCAUCAUGUUAUUCAUGUGCCACCAGAUGGCGCUGGAGCAAGAAUCCAAGGCAAAGGAGAAGGCAAACGCAUCUAAUCCAUCAUCCGGCAGCAGCUCACCGGCAGUACAGGUACCGACCGCUGGUGGCAGCUCGUAUGGCCACAUGCGCGACGCCAACGUUCCGAUCAUCUGGGUUCUCGGCGGACCGGGCUGUGGUAAGGGCACCCAGUGCGCAAAGAUCGUGUCGAAGUACAACUUUUCGCACUUCAGUACCGGUGAUCUGUUGCGCGAUGAAGUCGCUUCCGGUUCGGAGAAGGGCAAGGAGCUGCAGGACAUGAUGAAGCAGGGCAUUCUGGUGGCAAAUGAGACCGUGCUGAAGCUGCUGGAGGCGGCCAUGGUGAAGGCGUUGAAUGGUACCGUUGGAUACCUAAUUGAUGGCUACCCACGGGAACCUGCCCAAGGACCAGAGUUCGAGAAGUUUAUCGCUCCGGUCGACAUCAUCCUGUACUUCGAAUGUUCCAAUGAAACGUUGGUGGCACGUAUCAUGAAGCGUGCCGCCGAAUCGGCCACGGUUCGUGCGGAUGAUAACGAGGAUACUCUAAAGACUCGCAUUGCCACCUUCCGGGAGAACACGGAGAAAAUUCUGGUGCAGUACCCAACACAGCUGAGGAGGAUCAAUGCUGAACGUGCGCCGGAGGACAUCUUCGCCGAUGUGGAGAAGUCCAUCGACGAACUACUGGCGGCGAAGGGCAAAAAGUAAGCCGCUCGCCCAGCACAAUGGACAAGGUUUCGUUUGCUUUAUCAGCGCAUGCAAUCCAGCAUCCAUGCACAAUCAUUCGCCAGUUCACGUGCGACUGUCGGGAUAGGAAGAGCAACCACCACAGAUGGGGCACGUUUUGUUAGGGUGCACACAUCGCACGGUGUGUCUGCACAACAAUAAGCAACGCUAUCUCAAAACGUAUCAACGUUAGGAGAGGGGCAAAAAAUGAAACAAACAUAAUACGCUUAUCAAUUUCAAUAAUAGCUAUAAGACAGUAGACAAAAUUUAGCGAAAGUGUGCGUGUUUGAUGGACGUAAUUCGGCCUAGAUCGAAGUCCGUGUUGGUUUUUUGUUGUGUAGCGUAGUAACAAGCAAUCAAUCACUGUUUGUCGUUUUUACUGUCGUUUUAUCAACUAUAUCAACUAGCAAAGUGCUCAGUUGUUCUGCAUAUAGCUGACGCUAGCUCAAGCCAAAGAAUGCGUUCUACAGUGUUGUCGAUUUGACGUUUCGCUUACGAGCCGGGAACAAAUGUUCUAAUAAAUAAGAUUCUAUAAAGCAACCC